GCGCCGGUUGUGGAAAACAUGUUUUGCAUUGAUUUAUAGAUGCGCUGCAGCGCAUCAGCAAUUCGCAUUAUGUUGCAUUUCUUGAGACAACGCGUGCGGCGAGCUUCUAUGCAUACCUUCGAGAAAUGACCACUUGUGGGGGUAUACUCGGAAGACUGACUACUGACCACUUUUGCAUCCACUACUUUCGUCAACUCAAGUUAGUUUCAUUUUGCGCGUUCAACCCUUCGGACGGAUUUAACGGUGGACUCGAAUAGGGAAAUUAGCGAGCACGCGUCCGAUACAAUUUGCAUAAACGGAAAUCUACACAACCGACUUCCCUUUCUUCGACCAUUGCCGAAGUGUGUUAGGUGAACAUUCAGCAAAUAAAAGUCCAAAACCGGAAUUUUGCUCUUUUUCACUUCACUUAUAAUGGUUAUAAUGUGCGCGAUCUCCGACCGUUACAUCAUGGAACCAGUACGAAGCAGCCUCCAUUAGUGAUGUCAUAUGUCCGGCAACACUAUUGACAUAUUUGUGAUGAAAAAUGUUCACAAGGUGGAUCAUCUUGGGGUUCGUUGGCAUAAUUCUUCCGUGUCUAACUGUGCAGAGCACCCAGCAUCAGCUCAGUACGCAGGCCACGCAGGAUGCUGUCGAGGGUCGUUUUGCGUUUCCCAUCGAGAUAAGUAUCCCGGACAUGAUCAACGGCUUCUUGGCAGCAUUCCGCUUUCUGUGGGGUCGUGUUCAGAAUUUGUUCGGCUUCGGCGAUCCGUCGGAAAUCGUAGGCGCUAAAGAUCCUCCCAAACCGGGGCAGCACCUGAGCGCACCGCUAACACCUUCACCAGCACUCCAGGCCCUGCCGUUGGCACCGGAGGACGAACUGAAAGCGCCUGUCCAGUUAGUUUCAGUGGAAGUCGAUGACCCAGUGAGGCAUCCCUCGAUGCAUAAGAACAAUGUGAAGGGAAAAAGAAAGCGGAUAAAGAAGAAGAAACAUUCCUUCGGAUCCCUGUGGGAGCUAGUUGCCAUGGAAGCGGGAUGGUUCUAGAAAGUGAAAGUGAAACUGGAAGUGUGUGUUUGUAUGUAAAUAUGCAGGGAAUGUUAUUUAUGGAUCUAAUUUAUUGUAUAGUG